UCCUUCAGCGGCGGCGGGAGCAUGUCUUUUCACGCCCCACGCGCAGCUAUGCACCGAAUAAAUUAAACAGUUUUUAUUAUCAUUGACACAGAAGUGCAUUGGCCAAUCUAGCGCAAAUCGGGGCGUUAUGAAUGUCAAUGUUCUAGCAAAACGACCCUAUAUAACAGUAUCGUUUGACCUUUCUCGGCAUUGCCGCGCACAACGUCGGGAUGAUGGCACGGAGACUCGCUUUACUGUUCCUAGCCGUGUGUGGCUCCUGCAUGGAGAUGCGGGAGUCCGUGGAGAGGAUGGUGAUGGUCCGGACGACGGGGUCCGACCUCCAACCCGCCGCUACUGGAUUCAUUUACAAAAAGGACAACGACGGACCCGCGAGCGUUAUCAAAAUGGAGGAGAGUGAUGUAAUGGAGCAUUUGUCGAAGUUGCCGGUGUAUGACCAGCCUAAGGCAUUUGCUGCUCCUAUCCCGGUCGCUGCUGGACCUUUCUACGCUAAAGAAGACGAGGCUAAAGCCGCCUCACAUGCCAGCGAGGCUUACGUCAUUCCAGUAGUCGAAAAGGCUGAUGAACAUGACGACGGCAUUGAUGGCAUCGCUGAUGAAGAAGAUUAUGGAAAAUUCCUGAAGGACUACGCGGCAGACUUCGGCAAAUAUAAUAGCGAUUUCUCUGACUACUUGCACAGUUUAGGUCACUACGAUCUAGGGAUUUAUCAUGGCGACGGGGGAGGGAGUGAUUAUGGCUCCGAAGGGCAUCAUGCACACGGUGAUAAAGGACACAAAGGGUAUGCCUCCAGCCACGGGUACGGGAAAGGGGGAGAAGGAGACUAUCACACGGAGAAAUAUGAAAGCUACUCAAUCUCUAAAAAGGGAGGUCAUAAGAAACACUAUGGGGACGCAGACGCCUUCGGCAAGCAUUACGACGAAGGUGACAAGUACUCUGGAGGCGACCACGGGCACAAACUCGCCCACAGCAAGGAAGGGGCGGUCGACGGUUAUCACAAACAUCUCGACAAAAACGAGUUCAAAAAAGACCAUGACUUCUAUGACACAGAAGGUGUUACAGGUGGAUUCGAUGAGCACGGAGCUGGACAGGAACAUCACGGGGCAGAAGCCGGAGCACAUGAAGAAGGAGGUUCUCACGAGUCAGGGCAUGACGAGGCACACGCAGGAGAAGAGGGUUUCGGAGAGAAGCAGUCUGGUGACGAACACGGGGCCACCCACUCCGCAGACGGAGGAGAAUCCUCCUCACACUACUAUUCAGGGGAGGGAGAGGCUGCGGGGGAAGGGCAUGGCGGAAAGGUCUACGGCUACCAAGUCAAACACUGAGGGACUGUUAAAGAUUGUUAUUGUUUUGUUAGUUUUUGUAAAUAUGUAUAUUUUGUAAGAUAAAGAUAAGCCAUAUUUCUAACCAA